AUAUGGUGUGUACACCGUAGAAUGAUAUAGCGAACUGCAAAGCUAUUGUGCUUUAGUAAUUAGUACUUUGGCUACUACGUCGGUCGCCAUACUACGUCUAGUAAUGUAAAAACUAGUGAAGUCUAUGGUGUCCAUUAAAAGUUGAUUGCAAAUAAACGUAUUGCACCGAUGCGUAAUAAUAAUACAAACUAAUUACAAUACCUAUUAAACGAUUAUCGGCUAUAACUUCUUGGAAAAUCGUCGUUUAUUCUCAUUUUAUGUUUACAAGACAAAAACAUCACUUACGUUUCGAGUACGACAAUACUUAUUGUAGAGAGUAUACGGAGAAAACAUUUUAAAAGUGAUUUUGUUUAAAACGUUUAAAUCGAAAUAUGGCGUGUUUAUUGUUUUCGAACAAUAUGAAUAAAGAAUAGAAGUAAGAAAAACGGAUAUAGUACCUACCUGCGUUGAAGAUGGCCGAAUGCGAAUUGAGACAGAGAAUAAAAGCAGAAGAUGGGGAGGAAACGAAAAAAGCCAACGAUGAAGUUAAGGUAUCGGAACAGGAACUAGAUAAAAAUAAUCAGGAAAUGGUCGAUGAUAGCACUCAGUCAUAUGUUUUAACAAAUAACAUGCCACCCAUGGUUAGACGUUACAGGCCUGUACGUAAAAUUUAUAGUGCAUAUGUAAACUUACGGAAACUAAAAGGUCCUAAACAUUGGUACGCAGGUUCAAAUUAUUUUGGUAAUCAAGCUCUAACCAAUAGUCGAUCACAUAGUAAUCGUAGGUCUAAAAAAGAGGAUAUAGAUUCUGAAGAUGAUAAAAACAUAGAUCUCUCGGCAAAGAUACCGUCGGGUACCAAUAAAAUGCCACAUAUUCUAGAGACGCUACUCAGCGGAAUUUCGGACAGGUGGAGAAAUUGGAUAAUUCGUGGCAUUUUCGGUUGGUUGAUGAUUGGCCUGUUUUGCCUUUUAUGUUAUGGCGGACCAUUAGCCCUAAUGAUAGCCGUUUUAGUUGUCCAAGUAAAAUGUUUCGAAGAAAUCAUAAAUAUCGGAUACUCCGUCUAUCGUAUUCAUGGCCUUCCAUGGUUUCGUUCGUUGUCGUGGUACUUCCUAAUAGCUUCAAAUUAUUUUUUUUACGGGGAAAGUCUAGUCGACAUAUUUUCUGUAGUCGUAAACAGGACUGAAAAUAUGAAAAUGCUAAUUAACUAUCAUCGUUUCGUCUCGUUCAGCCUGUACAUCGCUGGUCUCGUGUGGUUUGUGUUGUCGUUAGUCCGAAAAUAUUACAUGAAACAGUUUUCUCUGUUUGCUUGGACUCACGUCGCACUUAUGAUAGUCGUGUCGCAAAGCUACUUUAUCAUUCGGAAUAUUUUCGAAGGCCUCAUUUGGUUUAUCGUGCCGGUGUCGAUGAUUAUACUCAACGAUAUUUGGGCUUACGUGUUUGGAUUCUUCUUUGGACGCACUCCGCUCAUACAAGUUUCGCCAAAAAAGACGUGGGAAGGAUUUGUCGGGGGUGGUGUGGCAACUGUCAUUUGCGGUAUUGUAAUGUCGUAUUUCCUUUGCCAAUACCCGUACUUUGUUUGUCCAGUCGAGUACAGCGAUAAAUUGGGCAGAAUGGUUAUCGAUUGUGCGCCGUCACCAUUGUUUACCCUUCAUGAAUAUAUUUUACCGGAUAUAUUCACACGAACUUUGAGUAUUUUUGGGUUGGCCAACAAAGUCACCAUCUAUCCGUUUAUGUUCCACGCGUUUUGGAUGUCGCUGUUCAGUUCCAUCAUCGGACCAUUUGGCGGAUUUUUCGCCAGCGGUUUUAAACGUGCAUUUAAAAUCAAGGACUUUGGCGACGUUAUUCCGGGACAUGGCGGCAUAAUGGAUCGUUUCGACUGUCAAUACUUGAUGGCCACAUUUGUCAACGUCUAUAUCUACAGUUUUGUGAGCACGCCGACCUUGCAAAAAACAAUUCAACAGGUGAUCGCGUUAAGACCCGAAGAGCAGAUGCAGUUGUUCAACUUUCUGAGAGGGUCGUUGGAAAAUCGAGGUUUAUUGAACGUGCAGUAAACGUACUACAAGCGGACAUCACAUUGCGGUAGUCAAUCUUCACAUUCCUUUUAUUUAUUUAUUUUUUUUAACACUAAACAAAGUCAUUGAACGCGAUAAUUUUCAAAUGAAAUAUUUAUUUAUUUGUGUCUUGACCUAUAGUAUUCGGUGUUACAAAAUAUUUUACCAAUUUUUGUUUUUUUUUAUAUAUAUAUAUAUAUACAUACAUAUAUGUAUAUUUAUUUAUAUUUUCUCACAAUUUAUUAAAUCUUUUGUUUUGGACAUGUACAACGUUAUGUGUCGAAUUCACGAUACAUAUUGUUAACUUCUCGUAAGACUUUAUGUCCCGUUUUCUGUAUUAUUAACUAUGUAAGAUCCCCGAUCUUUUGUCGCGUCUGCAAUUAGUACAGAUUCAAUUAUAAUUAUUAAGUUAACUGCAAAAUCAUCCUAAAUUUAUUUUCGCUUAACGUGUUGUUUGCUCUUAACAAUUCUAUUUUGUGUAAGUCAUAUUUAAUCAAAUAAUAUGUUUUUUUGACGUUAAAACAUCAAACAAAAAUAUUAAAACAUAAAUUUAUUUUGAAUUUAUAAAAAAAAAAAAAAAUGUAUUUAUUAAAAACUGUGUAAUAGUUGUUUGUCUUAAAAAAAUUACAUAUUCAGGUUUGUCGUAGGUAUUGUUUGGCUAACGUUAAUUUAAUAAUUAUUUAUAUAAGUAAUUUUAGUAAAUUAUUAUUGUUUUUUUUUUCUUGCGAGACUUACUUAAGACACUAUUUAAUACUGUUGAUUUAAUUAAUAUUACAAUAUCAUAUUACUGACUUAUUAAAUAGUUGACGAGUUUUGAUCAAUUUGUAUUACGAUCCGUUUUGUGUGGUGAAAUUAUGACGUUUGUAUAGACUUACAGAAUAAAGGUGUUGUUUAUUCCUA